GGGAAUAUUUUCUCAAGCGGACAAUUGCUUUGGUGCGAGUGUGACUGUGAGGAUGGCGGGGCUGGGAGUGAGGGACCCAGCGGUGGAUAGAUCGUUAAGAUCUGUGUUUGUGGGUAAUAUUCCAUAUGAAGCCACAGAGGAGCAACUGAAGGAUAUCUUCUCUGAAGUUGGACCGGUUGUCAGUUUUAGGCUUGUGUAUGACAGAGAGACUGGUAAACCCAAGGGUUAUGGCUUUUGUGAGUAUCAAGAUCAGGAGACUGCACUCAGUGCUAUGCGGAACUUGAAUGGACGGGAAUUCAGUGGACGUGCCCUCCGAGUGGACAAUGCUGCCAGCGAGAAGAAUAAGGAAGAGCUAAAAAGUUUGGGAACUGGGGCCCCUAUAAUUGAGUCUCCAUAUGGUGACCCAGUAGCCCCUGAAGAUGCCCCUGAAUCCAUCAGCCGAGCUGUGGCCAGCCUUCCUCCUGAGCAGAUGUUUGAGCUCAUGAAACAGAUGAAGCUGUGUGUACAGAACAGUCCACAGGAAGCACGAAACAUGCUACUGCAGAACCCUCAGCUAGCAUAUGCCCUACUGCAGGCACAAGUAGUAAUGCGAAUAGUGGAUCCUGAAAUUGCUGUGAAAAUUCUUCAUCGACCAACUACUGUUCCCACUCUAAUACCUGCAAGCCAGCAGACCGUGCAAGGUCCCAGUGUACCCCUCAAUCAGCCAAAUGUACCUGUGAGUCAACCACAGCCUGGGGCUGGAAUGCAUGUUAAUGGAGCUCCACCAAUGAUGCAAAACCUCUCAAUGCAGGGUGGGGUCCCAGCUCCCUCACCUAUGGUUAACCCUGGGCAGGGGCCAAUUCUACAGGGAGGGCCAAUGCAGCCUCAAGUUGGAAUGCCAACUGGACCUACUAUUCCCAUGGAACGAGCACAAGGGAGCCUGCAGCACUCUCCUGCAGCCCCCUCAGGGUCCGCUCCUAUAGAGAGAGUACCAGUUCCUAUUCCUGACCCCCGUGCUCCAAUCCAGAGAGGUCCCCCAGCUCCCAGUAUCCCACCCCGUGGCCUUCUGGGAGAUGGACCCAAUGACCCUCGUGGAGGGACUCUGCUCACAGUCACUAGUGAUGAGCAGCCACCCAGCCGUGGGUACUUGGCACCACCCAUGCAGAGUGGCCCACCAAUGCAUCACGAACGAGGCCCUGCACCCCAUGACCUUAGAGGAGCUCCCAUUGCAGAAGCUCCCCGAGCCAUGAUGGGUGAUGCACGGGGGCCUCCCAUUAUGGAUCCUCGGGGACCACCUCUAGAUACACGUGGAGCCAGAGAUCCUAGAGCAAUGGAACCUCGACCCAUGGAGUCAAGAGUUCCAGUUCCAGGACCUGCUAACAGAGGCCCAAUGCCUACAAUACAAGGACCUGGGGUGCCUGCAAUACAGGGUCCAGGGAUUCAAGGACCAGCAGGGCCUGCAGCGCAAGGUUCUAGUGGGCCUCAACCACAAAGACAGGUUCCUGGUAUCCAACCAGCAUCAGCACAAGGAGGGUUUAGCCCUGGACAGAUUCAGGUGACACCCCAGGACCAUGAAAAGGCCGCACUCAUCAUGCAGGUACUUCAGCUAACACCUGAUCAGAUUGCCAUGCUGCCUCCAGAACAGAGACAAAGCAUCCUCAUCUUAAAAGAACAGAUUCAAAAAUCGACGGGAGCUCCCUGACGGUACAAGGGUUCAUAAACUGUAAGUGGGGAAAAUGGUGCUGGCACCCGCCCCACCACAGCCCCAUUGUCAUCCUCAUCAGAAGGUUACAGUCAUGCGCAAGGAGACGGCGUUCUACAUGUGUUUACUGUAAAUGUGCAGUUGGAAAUAAAAUUUAGACCUUGUUAA